AUGAGUUAUAUAUACUCGUACGUAAUCUCGCCCGUCUGGUUCCUUAUGGUGAAAAGUAAAGAAACUGGGGACUUUGUAGCAGCCAUAGUUGAACUUUCACUUUCAAUGUUCAGUUUAACUUGUAUACCUAAAAUCUUUUACAUAAAAUAUUACAGUUCAGCAGUGAUGGAUCUAAUCGAUGAAUUCCGAAGGUGUAAUGAGUUGAUAGUUAAAGGAACCCGCUUUGAAAAGAAUUUCUUGAAAAACAUGAAAACUGUAAAAAAGCAAGCAACUGUUACUUGGGCUGUGGCUAUGCUAAAUAGCGCGACUUACCUCACUCUUCCUCUUUUGAGACCUGGACGCCAUUUAACUCAAGACAUGUAUGUAAUAUACGGUUUGGAACCGAUGCUGGAAUCUCCUAACUACGAAAUAGCAACCGUUAUGAUGGUGUUAUCGAUCAUAUUUGCUUUACCUUGA